CUUCGACGCCGAGAAGUGGGGGUUGGGGUAAAAGUGAAAGUGGCGUCCGUACAAGUGGAUUAAGCGGGAGGAGGUCUCUCCUCUCUGCGGGGGGAGCAUGUGUGUGACCGGAGGAAGUUGUGACUCGCGCCAGUGAGGAGGAAAUAAUCACAAUGUUAACCUUCUCAUGAAUUAUUAAGCAGCCUGUGCCUUUUUUUAGCCCGACUCAAAAUGCUGCAUUUCCAUCUUUGGGUCCGAGGCACCGUGGAAGUGUGCACUCCUCUCUCCGUUCCUUUUUUUUUUUUUUUUUUUUUUUGACAGCUGUAUUACCGCUGAUAAGCCAGACUGUGCGAGCUGAUCAAGUAGUGAGACAAGCGUUCGCAGAGCAGUAGCACCACAGCAGCAGCAGCAGCGCUCUAGUCACUAGGAGCCGCGGCGGCAGAAGCACAGGCAGCAGCAGCAGCAGCAGCAGCAGCAGCAUCAGUCACAGCGCAGGCAGCACCGGCAGCAGCAGCAACAAACUCUCGUCCGCCCGUUCCUCUUCUUUCCGGACUUGUUUCGCGCUCGGCGGACGCACGCGAGGGGAAGUAGGGGGGAAGUGGUCCAGGGCUGAGAGCUGGCAUCAGAAACAAACCCUAAACGCAGACCUGGCUGCCCCCAUGCCUAUCGAAUUUGUUUGCAAAAUCAAAUUUCCAGAGGAGGAUGAGAAGCAGAAAAACAAACAGGACGGGGACAGGGAGAGCCUGAUCGAGGAGAGCUGCACACCUCCGGCCAAGGACUUGGCCGGGUUCGCCAACUCCUGCUCCCUCCAUGGGAUUAACCACAUCUUUGUCUCCGGGCGCCUGGGCAUCCGGCAGACGCUCUGGGCUCUCGCCUUCCUGACUUCGCUGGCGCUGUUUCUGUACCAGGCGGCCAAGUGCGCCAUCUCGUACCUGGAGCACCCCCACGUCACGGCUCUGAACGAGGAGGCGACCCCCGAGAUGGUGUUCCCCGCCGUCACCAUAUGCAACAUCAACCGCUUCCGCUUCUCGGCGUUCACGGACGCCGACGUCUACCACCUGGCCAACCUAACGGGGCUGCCGCCCAAGAAGAGCGACGGGCACAAACCCACCGAUUUGAUCUACCCGGCGCCCGACAUGCAGGACAUCUUCAACAGGACGGGGCACCAGUUGGAGGAGAUGCUCAUGAGCUGCAAUUUCAGCGGGCAGAACUGCUCCGUGGAGGACUUCUCUGUGGUUUACACCAGAUAUGGGAAAUGCUACACUUUUAAUGGCAACAAGACCACAUCCAGGAAAUCCAAGCAGGGCGGGAUGGGAAACGGGCUGGAGAUCAUGCUGGAUAUCCAACAGGACGAGUAUCUGCCCAUCUGGAGAGAGACGAACGUGACGUCCCUGGAGGCCGGCAUCCGGGUUCAGAUCCACAGUCAGGACGAGCCUCCCUACAUCCACCAGCUGGGCUUCGGCGUCUCGCCGGGCUUCCAGACCUUCGUUUCAUGUCAGGAGCAGAGGCUGACCUACUUGCCCCAGCCCUGGGGGAACUGCCGCUCCACCAGCAAGGAGAAGUUCCCUGGAUAUGACACGUACAGCAUCAGCGGCUGUCGCUUGCUCUGCGAAACCAACGAGGUCCUCAGAGCGUGCAACUGCAGGAUGGUGCAUAUGCCUGGAACUGCAGAUAUCUGCCCCCCCAGUAAAAUCAACUGUGUUGACAAAGCACUCGCACAGCUCCAGAAGAACAGUGGGGAUACCUGUCCAUGCGAGACGCCCUGUAAUCUCACCCGCUACGGCAAAGAGCUUUCCAUGGUCAAAAUCCCCAGCAAGGGCUCGGCGCGCUAUCUCUCCAGGAAGUAUAACAAGACGGAGGAGUACAUCAGAGACAACUUUCUGGUCUUAGAUAUCUUCUUUGAAGCUCUGAACUAUGAAACAAUUGAGCAGAAGAAAGCCUACGACGUUGCAGGUUUGUUAGGUGACAUUGGUGGACAGAUGGGCUUAUUCAUUGGAGCCAGCAUCCUGACAGUCUUAGAAAUACUGGAUUAUAUAUAUGAGGUGAUCAAGCAGCGGCUACAGCGUCUGCUGAGGCCGCAGAAAGAGGAGAAUAAAACCAAGCAGCCGGCCAGCACCGUGGCAACAGUGGGGCUGGAGGAAAUGAAAGCCAAGGACCCCGGCGACGCCACGCGGAGCCACCCAGAGGGGGCGUACGCCAACACCAUCCUCCCCAACCACCACCACCACCACCCCCAUCUCCACCACCACCACGCCGGACGCCACGGGGUGUUUGAGGACUUCGCUUGCUAGGGCCAGCCACCGUUUCCAGUCCUGGUGACAGCAAAAGACGUGAGCUGUCUGCUGUCUGCUGAGGUUAAUUACAGACCGUUAGCGUUUCUGUCGGUCCUUUGCUGUCACCAGUGAACAGCUACAGCCAAAGUCAAACAUCAAACUUGUGCUGCUAACAAACCACUUGUAUGUACAGUAUGUAGGCACAAAUUGGACACAGCCUUUUUGUUUCCUUUUUGCUCUUUCUUUGUCUCUGGAUGGACCCCUCUCAUCUUUGUCCUGCCUCACAUGGGAAGUCGGGAUUUUGUGAUUUCAGGGCCGGUUUGGGGUAAAUGAUCACAACAAGGGAACAAGUAGAGGACUGCAAGUCACCAUGAUCCAGUUUAGACCCAAACAAAUCAUUUAUUUAUUUAGAGAAUCAGAUUGUUUUUUAUUUAUUUCCCAUUUACGCUCCUCAAACUGUCCUUCUUCUGUAUGUCAUUACAAACCCACAGUACCAUGCCCAAUUUAAAUUAUGUCAUUAUUUUAAGAAAUACUAUUGUCUAUAUGUUCUAUAAUGUACACAAGAUAAGAAUAAUUCAAGGUAAUUUUACAUGUGUUACAUACAUACAUCCAAAACUAUCAGGGGACUUGUUUAGGCUCAGAUGUGUGACCCUGGCUUAGAAAACCUAGCAGCUUCUUUCCACAUGAUACACUUUGUUGUGGUCGAGGUGUUAGCGAGUAGCAUUGUACUUGUACAUAAAGUCCAACUUUAAAACAAGAAGGUUCUAAAAGUUCUGUUUCAUGGGUGUUGUUUAUAUUCAGUUACGAUAUAUAUAUAAAUAUAUAUAUAACUUAUGUAAUAAUAAUUUUACUUAUUUAUACAUUUUAGAAAAUACUUUUAUAUGAGAAUCACAGUUGUAGCAAUUAUUGUACACUUAGAAUUUGCAGACGUGUUGAACUGCCACGCAUCAAUACAUUUGUCGAACAAUCGAAGUGACUGAAUGAUUGCAAAUAUUAUCUUUCCUUUUCCUUUUUUAUAUAUCCUGCUUUAUACCAAACUGUUUAGUUGUUGCCCAGACGUUUUCAGACACAAAACAACUGCAUAUGAACAAGGAAUGGAUGAUGUUUUCAUUUAUGACGUGGCUGAAUUUACAGUAAAUUAUUCUUCUUAA